AUGGCUCCCAAGGCAGAUUGGGAAAAGUACAAGAAGCCAGAUGUGGACAAGAAGGAUGACGAGCCCAUCGUAGCGCUAGACGAGGGAGAUAUUCAGCUCCUCAAGACGUAUGGUCAAGGACCCUACGCUAUUGCACUCAAGGCGAUCGAGCAAGAGAUCAAGGAUGUUCAGUCUAGGAUCAACGAGAAGCAGGGUGUCAAAGAGAGCGAUACCGGUUUGGCACCUCCCAAUCUUUGGGACGUGGCUGCUGACAGGCAGAGAAUGGGAGAGGAACAUCCGUUGCAAGUAGCCAGGUGCACGAAAAUCAUCAAGGCGGGCGAAGGUGCUGACAAGAGGGAGAACUCAGCUCCGGAUGGCAAUGCUGGCCCUGGCGGCGGAGACGCUGCCACUGCAACCAAUACUGGUGCUGCUGCAGGCAAUGCGGCCAGUGGCGGCAGACCAAGACCCACACUGGGCGGUCUGGGCGGAUUGGGCGGCCUUGGAGGUCAAGGCGCUCCUAAUGCAGAAGAGGAGGACAAGUAUGUGAUCAACGUCAAGCAGAUCGCGAAAUUCGUCGUUGGUCUGGGCGAGCGAGUAGCACCCACAGAUAUCGAGGAGGGCAUGCGUGUCGGGUGAGUUUAUCGCGCUUGCUCUAGCGAGGAGGGGAGCUGCGCGUUCCUCCAUGGACGCAUACACCAGAGCUGUGUGGAUUCUAAUCCCUAUUCUCCCAUUGCUCGACCCAGCGUUGAUCGCAACAAGUACCAAAUCCAGAUCCCUUUGCCACCCAAGAUUGACCCUAGCGUCACUAUGAUGCAGGUCGAGGAGAAGCCGGACGUCACAUACGGAGACGUCGGAGGCUGCAAGGAGCAAAUUGAGAAACUCAGAGAAGUCGUCGAGACGCCUUUGUUGAAUGUGAGACGUCUGCGGCUCGGUCAAGCAAUGUGACGAGUGGAUGCUGACUCAUUCAUCUUGGCUCCUUCGCCUACGUGAUAUUCGACAGCCCGAACGCUUUGUCAAUCUCGGUAUCGACCCUCCAAAGGGAGUUUUGCUAUUCGGCCCCCCUGGAACUGGCAAAACUCUUUGCGCGCGUGCAGUAGCCAACAGGACAGAUGCCACCUUCAUCCGUGUCAUCGGAUCCGAGCUGGUGCAGAAGUACGUUGGAGAGGGAGCUCGAAUGGUUCGAGAGCUGUUCGAGAUGGCGAGAAGCAAAAAAGCCUGCAUCAUUUUCUUUGACGAGGUGGAUGCUAUUGGUGGAGCUAGAUUCGACGAUGGAGCUGGAGGUGACAACGAGGUUCAGCGAACCAUGUUGGAAUUGAUCAAUCAGCUGGAUGGCUUCGAUGCUAGAGGCAACAUCAAAGUACUCAUGGCGACGAACAGGUGAGUUCAACAAAUAGACGUGUGCGAGCAAGCUUCGUUCAGCUGCUGAUGCACAGUGUUCCCACCGCACUCAGACCGGACACGCUCGACCCAGCAUUGCUGAGACCCGGGCGUCUGGACCGACGAGUGGAAUUUGGCUUGCCGGACAAUGAAGGCAGAGCACACAUUCUUCGUAUUCACGCUCGAAGCAUGUCGGUCGAGCGAGACAUUCGAUUUGACCUGAUUGCCCGUCUAUGUCCCAACACGACCGGUGCUGAGCUUAGAAGCGUCGCAACCGAAGUGAGUGCCUCGACCUCGUCACCAGCCGCCUCCGCGCGUGAUGGUCUGGCUGACGCAUUACCCUUCCUUGUCUUGCAGGCCGGCAUGUUUGCCAUUAGAGCGAGGAGAAAGAUGGCCACAGAGAGGGACUUCUUGGACGCUGUGGAAAAGGUUGUCAGGCAAGGCUCCAAAUUCUCCAGCACGAGCCUGUACGCGCAGUACAAUUGA